AUGAUGAUGAGGGCCUUCAUCCUGUUGGCCAUCUUUGUGGAAGCCUCUGGGAGAUCGUGCACGCCAAACAAAGCAGAUGUCAUUCUUGUAUUUUGUUAUCCCAAAACCAUCAUCACCAAAAUCCCCGAGUGCCCGUAUGGAUGGGAAGUACACCAGCUAGCCCUCGGUGGAAUGUGUUAUAAUGGGGUCCACGAAGGAGGUUACUACCAAUUUGUUAUUCCAGAUUUGUCACCUAAAAACAAGUCCUACUGUGGAACUCAGUCUGAGUACAAGCCCCCCAUCUACCACUUCUACAGCCACAUUGUUUCCAAUGACAGCCAAGUGAUCUUAAAAAACCAGCCCGUGAACUAUUCCUUCUCCUGCACCUACCACUCCACCUACCUGGUGAACCAGGCAGCCUUUGACCAGAGAGUGGCCACUGUUCAUGUGAAGAAUGGGAGCAUGGGCACAUUUGAAAGCCAAUUGUCUCUCAACUUCUACACUAAUGCCAAGUUCUCCAUGAAGAAAGAAGCCCCUUUUGUCUUGGAGACAUCCGAAAUUGGUUCUGAUCUGUUUGCAGGAGUAGAAGCCAAAGGAUUAAGUGUUAGGUUUAAAGUGGUUUUGAACAGCUGUUGGGCCACACCCUCGGCCGAUUUCAUGUAUCCCUUGCAGUGGCAGCUCAUCAGCAAGGGCUGCCCCACUGAUGAGACGGUCCUCGUGCAUGAGAACGGAAAGGAUCACAGGGCAACCUUCCAGUUCAAUGCCUUCCGGUUCCAGAACAUCCCCAAACUCUCCAAGGUUUGGUUACACUGUGAGACGUUCAUCUGUGACAGUGAGAAGCUCUCCUGCCCCGUGACUUGUGACAAACGCAAGCGGCUGCUCCGGGACCAGACAGGGGGCGUCCUGGUGGUGGAGCUCGCCCUGCCCAGCAGGGGAUUCUCCGGUCUCUCUAGUUUCUCAGAUGUCCUCUUCCACCUGGCCGUGAUGCUGGGGAUGGGUGCGGUGCUAUAG